AUGGCGGUUCCGACAGGGCGUCCGACAGGGAUGACUUUGAAGCGUAUCCAGAGAGAGAUGAAGGAUUUGCAAAACGAAGAUAUGGGAGGAAUGACGCUGACGCCCUCGGACCAUUCUCUCUUCGAGUGGACAGGUAUACUACCAGGCCCAGAAGGGAGCGUAUAUGAAGGCGGAGAGUUCCAUGUCGAGAUCACUUUACCUUCCGACUAUCCGUUCCAUUCUCCCCGUCUGAGACUCAAGACCAAGAUUUAUCAUAUGAACAUCAACGAUCAGGGCGGGAUUUGUUUGGACAUAUUGAAGAAUGCUUGGAGUCCUGCUUUGUCGCUGUACAAAGUCAUGCUGUCCCUGUCUUCACUUCUCACCGAUCCGAAUCCUAACGACCCUCUGGUUCCAUCUAUUGCGAACGAGUAUACAAGACGGCGCAAAGUACACGAUACCACGGCCCGACGAUGGGUGCAACUGCACGCACAGCCGGUUAAAGUUCAAGCACCACCGCCGCCCCCACCCGCUCCAGCUAAGCGCAGUCGCGGUCGACCGCGCACCAACAAUAACCGCGAAGCAAUCAUGGUUCCUGAUGACGAGCCUGCACCUGCCCCGACGACGGCAGCAAAGCGGAAACGUGGCGGCGACGAUGACCGGGAGGACCGUUCCAAACGACAAUCUACGGGCGGUGCGGGCGGCUCCGGGUCAAGACCAAGUUUGGGGCCAGGCUCGGGUUCGGGUUCAGGUUCGGACGAGGUUAUCGUUAUUGAUGAUUAA